ACAAAUUGUGAAGUAAUGGGCUGGACAUCUUGGAGCUCCUGUUCUAAGACAGGUGAGCAAUCCAUCAAAAGUAAGAUUUGCUGUCCGAUUCAACUUAAUUCAAAAUCAGCGGAGGAGUGUAAAAGAAUAUGUAAAUUGACCCAAGAACAGAUAGAGGUGAAGCGGAGUUGCAUGUAUAUACCCACAGCAUACCUCGUGGCUUCAACAAAAAUCGUGUCCAGCUCUAAUUUGGUAAAUGAGCAGUCGUUGACAGAAAGUCCAAGUCCCAAAGAUGUGCCAAACGAAAACCAGACGAUCGAGUCUUAUGCAUCAACAAACGCGGCCGAAUAUGAAAAAUCAACAAGUGAUGAAGUCUUUGACAACACCAUCUCUUCUAAAGGAGGUACUGAAAUUACAACCGACACAUCAGAUAUAUUUGUUAGCAGAACAGUACAAUCUUCUACCAGUCUGUACCAAGAAAACGUCGUGGCAAGUGAAUAUCAAACGACCUAUUCAUCAAGCGCUGCUGAAAAUAUUGAAUAUACUAGUGAUCAGACGUUUAACAAGCCGUCUAUAACUGAUGAAAGGUCGGGUACUUCUGUGACACCCCCGCCAGAAGCAUCUAAUAACAGGACUGUUAUACAAACACCAACCGGCGAGAAAGCUACUUCUUCACACGAACCUGGAUAUGAGUUAACCAGCAAUUAUGUGAACAACUACUUCACAAAAGAAGGAACAGAAUAUCAUGUAAAAUCAGAAACGUCCAACAACAGGACUUCUGUUCCAUCAUCUACAAGUAGAUAUCAAGGAAAAGGCACCACAAGAUCAGCUGUGAAGACAAGCAUCCCCGCGUCUACCGUCAGCUCUUCAUCUGUAUCAAGCAGCUCUAAAGGAAACGGAGCGUCCAAUGCAUCUCAGUUAUCGAGAAACAAAUUACAAGAAGAGGGUGGAACAGGUGGUGGAGUUAUCGCCGGGGCUAUCAUAGGUGUCCUUGCUGUUGCCGGUCUUUCGGGACUUCUCGCCUUUUUCCUUUACCGGCGAUGGAAGAAAAACAAGGACGAGAGGAAAGUUGAGCCCGAGGAAAAUGGCGGAGAGAACCCUGUCAGUCAGAAGCCUCCCGUUAGUACAAGCCUUAACUAGUGACCAUUGUCACGGAAAAAGCUAGUUGUAAUCGUAGACCAUCUUGACUGUAUACAUACAAAUAUAUUUGUGAUUUAUUGUUGAUAAUCGUUUUUUUACUUUACUGUGAUAGUUAUUACGUCUUUCAAGCAAUCUUUGUCAAAAUCAAUAUAGAUAAUAAAAAUAUUUUUUAAUAAUAA